AUGGCCUCAAUCCAUCCCAGCUGCAGCACCGGUACCAUGUCCCAGAUGGGCUUGCAUCCCGGGAGGGGCUUGACUGGGCACUGGCUGCGAAGAGUCCCUGUCGGCUCGCAGCUUCACAGCGUGCCUUUCUCUGGUCUGGUGUGGUGGUGGCGGCGGCGGCGGCUGCUGCUGCUGCUGCUGGCUUCCCUCCUGCCCUCUGCCUGGUCAGCCCACCCCCUCCCCCGGGAGGAGGAAAUCGUGUUCCCAGAGAAGCUCAAUGGCAGCAUCUUGCCCGGCUCCGGUACCCCUGCCAGGCUCCUGUGCCGCUUGCCAGCCUUCGGGGAGGUGCUACUCCUGGAACUAGAGCAGGACCCCGGGGUGCAGGUAGAGGGGCUGACGGUGCAGUACCUGGGCCAGGCACCUGAGAUGCUGGGUGGGGCAGAGCCAGGUACCUACCUGACGGGCACCAUCAACGGAGAUCCGGAGUCGGUGGCAUCUCUGCACUGGGACGGGGGAGCCCUUCUAGGGGUGUUGCAGUACCGGGGGGCUGAACUCCACCUCCAACCUCUGGAGGGAGGCACCCUUAACUCUGCUGGGGGACCAGGGGCUCACAUUCUACGCCGGAAGAGUCCUGCCAGCAGCCAAGGUCCCAUGUGCAACGUCAAGGCUCCUUCUGGGAGCCCCAAUCCCAUUCCCCGAAGAUCCAAGCGCUUUGCUUCUCUGAGUAGAUUCGUGGAGACACUGGUGGUGGCCGACGACAAGAUGGCGGCAUUUCAUGGGACAGGGUUAAAGCGCUACCUGCUGACAGUGAUGGCAGCGGCAGCCAAGGCCUUUAAGCACCCAAGCAUCCGAAACCCGGUCAGCUUGGUGGUGACUCGGCUAGUGAUCCUGGGGUCAGGCCAGGAAGGGCCCCAAGUGGAGCCAAGUGCGGCCCAGACCCUACGCAGCUUCUGUACCUGGCAGCGGGGCCUCAAUACCCCUGAGGACUCAGAUCCUGACCAUUUUGACACAGCCAUUCUGUUCACCCGUCAGGACCUGUGUGGGGUCUCGACUUGUGACACCCUGGGCAUGGCUGAUGUGGGCACAGUGUGCGAUCCAGCCCGGAGCUGUGCUAUCGUGGAGGACGAUGGACUCCAGUCAGCCUUCACUGCUGCUCACGAGCUGGGCCAUGUCUUCAACAUGCUCCACGAUAACUCCAAGCCAUGUGUCAGUCUGAAUGGGCACGGGGGCUCCUCUCGCCACGUCAUGGCUCCUGUCAUGGCUCACGUGGAUCCUGAGGAGCCCUGGUCCCCGUGCAGUGCCCGCUUCAUCACGGACUUCCUGGACAAUGGCUAUGGGCACUGUCUCUUAGACAAACCAGAGGCUCCCCUGCAUCUGCCCGUGACUUUCCCUGGCAAGGACUAUGAUGCUGACCGCCAAUGCCAACUGACCUUUGGGCCCGACUCCCACCAUUGUCCACAGCUGCCACCACCCUGUGCCGCCCUCUGGUGCUCCGGCCACCUCAACGGCCACGCUAUGUGCCAGACUAAGCACUCACCCUGGGCUGAUGGCACUCCCUGCGGACCCACACAGGCCUGCAUGGGCGGCCGCUGUCUUCACGUGGACCAGCUCAAGGACUUCAAUAUUCCACAGGCUGGAGGCUGGGGUCCCUGGGGACCGUGGGGUGACUGCUCCAGGAGCUGUGGGGGUGGUGUCCAGUUCUCCUCCCGGGACUGCACGAGGCCCGUCCCCCGGAAUGGCGGCAAGUACUGCGAGGGCCGCCGUACCCGCUUCCGCUCCUGCAACACUGACAAUUGCCCCAGUGGCUCAGCAUUGACCUUCCGUGAGGAGCAGUGUGCCGCCUACAACCACAGGACUGACCUCUUCAAGAGCUUUCCAGGACCCAUGGACUGGGUCCCACGCUACACUGGUGUAGCCCCUCGAGACCAGUGCAAACUCACCUGCCAGGCCCGGGCACUGGGUUACUACUACGUACUGGAGCCACGGGUGGCAGAUGGAACUCCCUGUUCCCCAGACAGCUCCUCAGUCUGUGUCCAGGGGCGCUGCAUCCAUGCUGGCUGUGACCGGAUUAUUGGCUCCAAAAAGAAGUUUGACAAGUGCAUGGUGUGCGGCGGCAAUGGUUCUAGCUGCAGCAAGCAAUCGGGCUCCUUCAAAAAAUUCAGGUACGGAUACAGCGAUGUGGUCACUAUCCCUGCUGGGGCCACCCACAUCCUUGUACGGCAGCAGGGAGGUUCCGGCCCCAGGAGCAUCUACCUGGCCCUGAAGCUUCUAGAUGGUUCUUACGCCCUCAACGGUGAAUACACGCUGAUGCCCUCCCCCACAGAUGUGGUACUUCCCGGGGCAGUCAGCUUGCGCUAUAGUGGAGCCACGGCAGCCUCAGAGACACUGUCUGGACAUGGGCCACUGACCCAGCCCUUGACGCUGCAAGUCCUGGUGGCUGGCAACCCCCAGAAUGCACGUCUGCGGUACAGCUUCUUCGUUCCACGGCCAGUCCCUUCCACACCACGCCCUCCUCCCCAAGACUGGCUGCAUCGCCGGGCACAGAUUCUGCAGAUCCUUCGGAAGCGGCCCUGGGCAGGCAGGAAAUAACCUCACUGUCCCGGCUGCCCUUUUGGGGUGCCGGGGCCUCGGACUCAUCUGCGAGAAUGAGGGGGUUUCUGCAGCUGCCUCAUGCUCAAACACAGUAGGGAAGUGCUGUAGCGGGUGAGACCUGCCCUGCCUCUCUGCCCUAAACUGCAGGCUGGCCCUGCCCUGGCUUCCUGCCCUGGGAGGCAGUGAUAUAUAGGUGAAUGGAAAGGGGCUAGGAGACAGGCCCCUAUCUAAACUGCCCCCUCUGCCCUGCAGGUCACAGGAGGGAGAGGGGAAGGCAGGAUGACUCCAGGAUCCCAGUUGUAUUUAUUUAGUAUUUAUUCACUUUUAUUUAGCACCAGGGAAGGGGACUAGGGCCUUGGGGAAACUCAACCCUUACAGCCCCACCCUAGCUAUGAAAUCCAGGGUGGUGGUGACGAAUAUAAGUGGUGUGUGUGUGUGUGUGUGUGUGUGUGUGUGUGUGUGUGUUUAUGUAUGAGGUACAACCUGCCCUGCUUUCCUCUCCCUGGUUUUUUUGGGGGGUGGGGGUGAGAGACGGGGAAAGGGAGAGCCAAAGGCAGGAUUGGCCUUCAGGGAGUGAGGGAUUAUCAUAUUUUUAAAUGUACAUAUUGAAGUCUGCUAUUUAUAUGCUCCUUUUGGGGUCAGACAAAUGUGGGCUGCACCUUGGCUCCACAUCUUUGAGCGUGUGUUGUUUUCUUGUUUGCCAGUAAUAAUUCCUCCCUUAGAAAUGUGUUAUAAGGGUUAAGUAAUGUAAAUAAAGAACUAGCAUAUUGCCUCACCCUCAACGGGUGCUCAACAAAUGCCAA